UAUACGGAAUAAAUAAUAAUUGAUAAUAUUAUUCAUCAUUCAUUUUUCAAUUAUAUUUAUUACCAUUUACUUGGUUUAAUGCAAAAUGUUAAGUGUGAAUGAGGAUUGAGGGAUGUUUUUUUACUUUUUUAUAAACAUAGUAUGUAAGUACUCGGUUGCGUAGUAAUUGAAUUUAAGUAUAAAGUACAAGUCAUUAAGCUAUAUCCAUAGUUAUAAUACACAAACGCCAAAAUUGAAAUAACGUUUUAUAAAAUUUUAAAUUGACGAAAUUAGAUAAAUUAUCUAUAGUGCACUGUUUUGAACAUUAUAUAUACUUAAAGCUAUUAGUAGUUAAAAUGAGUUUUGAUACAACAUGGGAUGUCGAUAAGCAUAAGUCCGAAUUUGAAUAUGAAGAACAUUGGCAAUUUCGACGUCAGUUUUUAGUUGAACAUAAAGACAAAUUUCCAGAAAAUAGAUUGGUGUGUUUGGCUCAAGUCUUUUUUAAUGUUGAGUUUUUAGGAUGCAAGUACCCAGAAAAAACAAUGGCCCUUAUAGAACAACUUUCUGAAGGUUUAGCCGAUGAUCUAAGGGAAAAGCGAAAGGGUAAAUUACAAAGGACCUUUGUUGCUGCUUCAGAUGCAGCUGAAGCUAGGGCUAAAGGAAAUCGCCAAGUUUCUAUGUCAGUCACUAAUAAAAAAUCUUUCAAAAAUUUAACAAUUACACCCUAUCAUCCAGACUACAUACUACCACAUUUUAUACUACUUGAUGCUAACUGUUCAAAUUCAUUUGAAGUAAUAUUUCGAUCUUGUGACUUUUGUCAAAUACCCAAGCCAGAUAUUAAAUAUAGUACAGAAAACCCUACAAAUAUCCAAGCAACCCUUUAUAUGCAGCAAAAAGUAAUAGCUUCCGCUUUUGGUGAAUCGGAGAAAACGGCUCGAAAAAAUGUGUGCAACUCCGCUUUAGAAAAAUUAAAAAAUACUUGUUUUACCAUUAAAAAAAAAGUGGAAGAUUCUGAACAUCAAGUUAGUAAGGCUGCUUUUCUUAAUGAUGUGUCAAAAGUAGUCACUACAAAUAAUACUAAUGAUGAUAAUGUAGAAAAAAAAUUAUCUGAUGAUAAUGUCGGGAAUAAAUUACUUAAAAUGAUGGGUUGGAAGGGUGGUGGACUAGGAAAAGAAGGUCAAGGUCGUCAAGAACCAGUAGACAUUGUUCAACUACCAAAAAAUUUGGGACUUGGUCAUAAAACCAAUGUUGCUGAAAGUGCAAAACAAAAAAUAAUGUUUGCUUUGAAAAGAGAAAUCAAGAAACACUUGUUAGAAUUCAAAAAAAGUUCUAAAAAGAGAAUUGUUUUUUCAACUGAAUUCACCAUUGAAGAACGGAAAGCUGUACAUAUGCUCAGUCAAAAUAUGGGUUUGAAAACAAGAAGUUAUGGCAAAGGAGAACAAAGACAUAUAGAAAUUUUUAAAAAACAAACUGCUCAAGAAAUCUUUUUUGAAUUAUUAGAUUGUGACUAUGAAAAUGAUUAUUACAUAUUGAUUCCUCCAAUUAAUUAAGCAAAAUCAUCAUAAGUAAAAUAAUGUAUUGUAUUUACAUUAACGGUAUUAAUUGUCAACAAAAAUUGUUUAAUGUAUAAUAAAAUACUAUUUACAAACUUUGUCAGUUAAAAUGUUUUAUCACAGAAAUGUAAGUCAUAUCUUGUGCAUAGAUAAAUGUUUAAAUGGUUAGUAAAACAAAUGUUUAGAAGUAAUUUGUAUUUAAUUUUUCAUCAGUUAAAAAAUCAUAGCUAUUAUUUUUAAGUAAUAUAAAUUAAUUGUAUUAAUAUUAAG